CAUUCCCAGUGUAUCAUGUCUUACAGACAGGGCCCCCCACAAAUUAGCUGCCACAUCCGGCCCUGUCCGGGGGCCACAGUCCGAUACCCCGCUAUGUGCUCAGCAGCAGCAGACCUCGGUGCCGCAGCCGGUGCACGGUGGCAGCAGCAGUGAUGUGUCCGUCCCACCCUCUCUCCUCCCCCGGCCGCCUCCUCUCUCUCCUCCGGCCUCUCUCCAGGUCCUCCCAUGACCCGUCCUCGGAGUCCGGCGUCUCCUCCAAACCCGGGGCCGCUCAUCCACAUGGACUUUGACGGGCGAGUGUGGCCCUUGGCAGGCGGCUUCGGGCGUUACACCCGGCUGGUGGCCGCCGCCGCCUGGCUGCCCAAUGUCUUCGUGGCUCUGGGGUUCUUCUCGGACAAACUGUACACCGCCAUCCCGGAGCAUCAGUGCCCCGAGGGCCCCACACUGACCGGGGGCCCAUGUGGGGACAACAGCACGGUGGACAACAGCAGCUGCUCCGGGAGCGCGGGGUAUCAAUCUCGGGGCUGGCUGGAGAAUACCAUCGUCACCCAGUGGGACCUGAUCUGUGAUAAUGAGUGGAAGGUGCCUCUGGAGCAGAUCUGCAAUCUGAUUGGCUGGCUGUUUGGCUUCAUCAUAUUCGGGUGUAUUUCCGACAGAUUUGGGCGGCGCGGUGCGUUUAUUGCUGCGCUGGUCGUGGCGCUGCCUCUAGGCCUGGCCCUCAGCUUCUCUCCUGGGUACCUCAGCUUUCUGUCCAUCAGAGCCGGCUUCGGAGCAGCGCUGGCAGGAAUCUUCCUGUCUUUCUACAUAGCAAGGUUGGAGCUUUGCACCCCUGGUCACCGACUAAUGAUAACAAUGAUUGGGGGAUUUUUCUGGUUGGGGGGUGAGCUGCUGCUUCCAGGCUUGGCUGUUUUGUGCUUGGACUGGAAAAUCCUACAGGGGGCAAUAACUGGAGUUUUAUUAUUGCUAGGAGGCUAUUGGUGUAGCAGGUUGCUCUUCCCAGAAUCUCCUCGCUGGCUCCUGGCCACUCAGCAGCUGAGCCGGUGUAAGUCGGAGCUGUGUCAGUUCUCUAAAGCAAAUGGUGUAGACUUGGGAGAGAAUAUCACUGAUCGAGACAGUCUGUUCACAGAAAUAGACUCCUUUUGGGAGGUUUUCCCUCGUCCUCGUUAUUACAGCCUCUGCAGUAUCUUUGGGACCCGUCUUAUUUGGCGAAAUGCGUUGAUCCUCGGAUUUUCUACGUUCAUCGGCUGCGGGAUCAGGCCGUGCUUUGCUCGGAACCUCAUGGUUCUAGGUGGCUCCGUCCCAUAUUUCCUGCAGAUUGGUAGCGAAUUCCUUGCUUGUAUCUUCCUCUGCAUCACUGUGAACCACUGGGGACGCAGAGCCGUUCUUCUGAUCUGCACCAUACUGACUGGGUUCUGUUCUCUUCUGCUCCUGGCCCUCACACAGUAUCUCUUCAAUGGAGCCUCUAUUGCCAUUUCUGUGCUGGGUUCCUUCUGCUCCCAUGCUAUGGUGAUGCUGAGCAUCUUCUACGCCAGUGAGGUGUUGCCAACGGUAAUCCGGGGUUCCGGCCUGGGCACAAUUCUGGGAAUCAGUAUGAUUGGCCGUGCUGCCCUCCCAAUCAUUGUCCUGCAGCAGAGGUCUGGCUUCUUCCUGCACCAUGUCGUUCUUUCCUCCUUCUGCAUCCUAUCAGUCCUCAGCCUCCUCCUCCUUCCCGAGACCAAGAGAAAGAGUCUCCCAGACACUCUGAGACAAGGAGACAGCAUGCGCCGGCCACCUCUUCUCCUGCACCCUACCCAGGAUUCAAUGCCAUUACUUCACCAUGGCAAACCCCGUGCCGAUUACAACCCUGACAGCUAUGCCCGACUUGCUAUCUCCACCAAGAAGAUGAUCAGAACAGGUUCCAAAUCUGGGGAAGAGAACAAAGCUCUCACCGUUGAGUAAAUGGACAACAGCUGCCAGAGUUAAUCACGUGCCUGGCAGUGGGUACAAGGAAAUGUAAAGGGAACCCCAUGCCUUCCUCUCGGUCUCUGCUGCCAUGGAAAUUAGCGGACCAAAACAACCGGUUGACUCAAAGACAACUUUAAUUACAGGUAUAAAAAGUGGAAUUAUCAGAGAGUUCGGUGACUCUGGACCUUUUCCAUAAAGUCUCGUGUCGUAAUUAUGACAGUCCCAGGAUCCACAUGCUCAACAAUCCACUCCAGUUUUACUUUAUUCCUUCAUGAUAAAUAAUUAUAUCCUGAAUCCAGUCCAUUAAAAACAUCUCCAUUGCUAACCAGCGCCUUCAGCUCUCUGCCCUAUUCUCUGUCCCUCUCACUACAUUUUGUACAUCCAAGUCAGAGCCAUAACAUCCCAACCCUUCUACUGCAAGGUAGUCACCCAACCUUUCCUUCACUGGCAAACCAGUUGUCUACAUAACGUUAUAUCCUUUCAGUCUUGUCUACACAUGAUGGUCCCACUCCUGCUCUACUGUCACAUCUUACAAAUUUGAAAAAAACAUUUUUAGGUCUCGUAUCUACUGUAAACAAUUUUUUUUAAAUGCAUGGAUUGGUCCUCUUUCCGUGGACCAUGCAGAAGUACAGUAUCUUUCCCACCAGCCGUCUUUCUGAUUGUGCUUUAGCUAUCUCAGCAAUAUGUUAAAAUCGAUCAUUAUGGAACCCAGCAUGAAUAUAUACACACAGAGAUUGUUGUGGAACAUCUUCAUCAAGGCUUCUAGCAAUCAUUGUUCCCCAAUAGAUAAAAACUUAGGUCGACUCUCCAGUUUAAGCGUAAGAUGGAGGUUUAAAGUCUUGCCAUGGGAAUCUUUGGCCUGGUCCUAGUAAAGUCACUGGUGGCCGUACAUGUCUGCUAGCCGACGGAAGCGGGGUCCCCAGUCUUGCAAAUAGUCAUAAUCCUGGUCUACAUCACCUUCGCUAGAUAGGAUGGAACUCAGGGUUCCAGCCACAGAGCCCUCUCCUUCGUAAUCAUAAAUUAGUGCUGUGUCAUACGGUGGGACACUGGGAUCGGAAUCUGCCGCUUGUAACCCCUAUGAGAAGACAAGGAAAAGAUGGUUAGCAAUGAGUCACAGGCACCCCGGAAAGGAGACAUCCAAAUCCCAAGUACUCACGUCUUGUAUGAAGUCUCCAAUGUCGGAAGGACGGUCAGCUGGUCUCCGAGGGUAGCGGGGAAUUGUCUGGCUGUAGGGGGCGUCUCUCCGGAUUGGGGGCUUUAGGCGUGGUGAUGGCGGCACAGACAUGGCCGGGUUCCUGAGACGAUUCAUAUCAUAGGCGUCCUGUGUGGCAUAGACACAAUAUUGUUACUGCCUGUCCCAAAAAUGGAGUGUGGGUGCUCCAUAAGGGUGGCGGGGAGAUAAUGUAUAACUUCUGGUACCUGGUCCUCUUCUCCUCCUCCCUGCUCAUUGUAGUUGAAUAUAUUGUCUCGUACAUCGUCUUCAGACUCAGACAGCAAACUCUUGUGUGCGGGGUGACCGGAUGUACAACGAAACAGAAGGAGCAGCAGAGCCAGCACUGCAAGAAUCAAUUGGCAAAUGUUAGAGAGUGGCAACGUGAGCCAUGAUAACAUCAUCAUGUACUGGUAUAUAUGCCUUUUAAUCACUUCUUGUGUAUAUUGCUGUUGAGUUAAAGAGGUUUUCCAGUAUAGAAAUGUUACUGUUUCUUUAGCAUUUGGGAACAGCUAGGAGGCUCCAUGGCUAAGCCUCACUGAUCCUACUGAUCACUGGCAGCCAGGGGCAGUGAGCCAGUGCAAGAGUCACCCUGACCUGGAGAUUAGGAUAUCUCCGCAAAACAAAUUCUAUUCUAAAAUACUAACAAAUGUAACAUUUGAAAACAUAUUCAUAUGUCAUAGUUCUGUGCCCAGCCUGUGACCUCUCCUUGCCAUAAGCGGUUUACUUAUGGUAAGGGGGGGGGGGAGUUUAAAUUGCAGGUUUUCCAGAGCGGCACAUCAUGUGUAUUGCGUUGUUAGCCCAAAACCAAACAUCACAAACCCACCCCACCUCCUUCCCGCACCUUUGUGAAUAAGUCACAGCUUUGUAAAUAGAUGCCAGGUAUGCCUGCAGGGUCAUUUAAUUGGAGACGUGUCUGGUCGAUUUUGAUUAGGGUCACACAGCAGGAAUUACACAUUAUGCCCUGGCAUUCAUUGUUGAAUGUCAAUCGUAUUAAUAUUGGAGAAGGCAGCACCGCAGAAGCAGUUCCGGGUUUAUGAAAUGGCAAAUUGUUUUUACCAGGAAAGUGCUGCGGCCAGCCACUGCCCUAAAACACGUUAUCCAGGGUUCACUUCAAUAAGCUUUUUUGCAAAAGCUACUUAAGUGAAUUUGUUUAAAAUCAGCCAGGAAUUAGCAGUCCAGACAUAGGCCUCCCUGAUGAAUUGGGGCACAUGUGUGUAUAUCCUUGGCACUGCCAUGCUACACCCUCCACAUAUAGGAAUGGAGGGAGAAGACUGUUACAGGGUAUUCUGUGAAUUCUCUUUCACAUAAAUCCUUUUAUCGAUAUCUUUUCGUUAAACACUGCUUCAGUAAUGUUGUGCAACUAUAGCUAUUGUAGAACUAGUAGUUCCAGCAAGUGCAUUAAGCCUCGCACAAGCUGGAGAUCCACCUGUUGUCUACCAGUGCCUUAAAGUAACAUUUUAAAAAAAUAAUAAGUUUAUUAAAUUGUACACAUUAGAAGCUGUAUAUUAUUAACUUUGUUCCUGUAAGGGUAACCCUUAACCCUGCCUGCCCCAGGUGAUUGCAGCUGAUCACACAGCGAGGUACCCCGUAACCUCACUGAGGCACCACCUGACCAUUAUGUAUGCGUUACUGCUCCCCAGUGAUCGGACAGGCUUCUCAUGUAUUGUAUAUAAGCUCAGGUCAUUUUGGGCCUGAUUUGGAAGCAAGGCAGAAAAAGCACAUACGUUUGUAUCUGGAACAAACCAUGUUGCCAGACAAGGGGAGGAAAUACAUUUAUAUUGUUUCUGUGCAGGGUAAAUACUGGCUGCUUUUACAUGUAGCCCACAAAUGUUAGCUUUAUUUUUACACUGCAAUUUAGAUUUCGGUUUGGACACCCCCCACCCAAAUCUAACUCUCUCUACACAUGUUACAUCUGCCCCACCUGCAGUGCAGCAUGGUUUUGCCAAUUUGCUUGCUUUUUUGUUUGCUUCCACAUCUGAAUAACCCCCACAGUGUCUACUGCCACAGUGUGUGUAUAGGAAUUCAGGUAUGACACAUAACUUUCUAUUUGCUGAUUAGCUGCCCACAUUCUUGUGUAAAUGAAUAUCUGUAUAUAUGAAAUUGUACCGGUUGCUUGAAGAUUACAAUGUGGCAGUGCGACCUUGAAUGUCUCAUAUUAAAUUAUUAAAUCUAUUUUAUUGUACCUGG